AAUGAACUAGCGCGCGUGUUUCCAUUUUGUUUUUGUUUGGUUUAAAUUGUCAAAGCAUUAUUAUGUUGUGAGAUUUUUAAAUUUAUAGAAAAAAAAAGUCAAAAUUUCCAUUAUCAAGAUGACUAUUUCGACAGAUUCAUCAUCCUCCUCACAAAUUAUAUUAUUAGAAGGUCCGAUUAAAUAUCGUGAUCAGAAAAAGUGGAAAUCACGUUGGGCAAUCAUCAGUAAAUUAUCACCAAUUGCAGAUUCAUUGCAAGUAAUAAUGUAUAAAAAUUUUAAGGAAAAAAUGAAACAAUCAUCAUCAUCAUCAUCGUUGGGGACUAAAAUAAAACCAAUAUUUAUAUUGGAACAUUAUCUUGGUAUUGAAAGUGGUUUUAUUUAUGAUCAUGAAUCAAAUACAAUGGCCAUUAUUUGUUUAAAACAAACAAUAUUAUUUUCAUUUGAAACAAGAGAAAUUUUAUUACAAUGGCAAACAAAAUUACGUGAACAUUUUUGCAAAGAACGACAUUUUCUUGUUCAAGUGGUCAACGUACCGAAUAAUAAUGGUCAUUCAACAAAUACAACGAAUAAUAAUCAAAAUCAAAAUAAACAGAUAAAAUUGGGUUCAGCAAGAUUAUUAUUACAGGAUUCAAAAUUUUGUUUAGUAAAUAAUAUACCACCAACAUUAUUAUGUUAUUGGUCUAUAAAACAAUUACGACGUUUUGGUUUAAUCGAUAAUAAAUUCUGUUUUGAAGGUGGAUCACAAUGUGGUAAAGGUCGUGGCCUACAUAUACUAUAUACAAGUGAACCAGAAGAAUUAAUCCGAUGUUUUGAUUUAGCAUCAAAUGAUCAACUAAAUUCAUUUGAAUUAUCAAUGUCAAAAUCAGAUAAUUUAAAUAAUAUAAAUAUUGUUGAUAAUUUAAUACAUAAACAAAGAUCAAUAUCAAGUUCAGAUAGUUCAACUGGUGAUUCAAGUUCACAAUUAUUAUCUAGUUUUUUUGGUGAUAUUGAUACAUUAUCAGCUAAUUAUUAUUGUGGUAAUGGUGGUGGUGGUGUUAAUAGUGGUGGUGGUACAAUGAUAACAGUAAAAAAUUCUGAAUUCUAUCAUUCAACAAUGAAUUUAAUGCCAAUUAAGCAACAACAACAAACAUCAUCACCAUUGAUUAAUCAUAAUCAUCAAAUGCAGAAUAAAUGUUGUUCAUCGUCAUUCAGUUCGAAUACGAUUGGCCGUUUUUCAAAUCUGACAUCGAACCAACCACCGAUAAUGGAUAUGAAUAUCCGAUCUGAUUCGAUCGAAUGUUGCCAUCAUCACCAUCAUAAUCAUCACCAGAAUCACCAGAAUCAUAAUCAUCACCAUCAUAAUUCCUUUGGUUGUUGCCACCAACAAUCAAUGCAACAACAACAACAACGAAACAUAGAUAAAUGUAAUGAUGAAAACCAAAGUAAAAAAAAUCUUGGUAUGAUAUCCACCGAAAGUACUUUAACAUUAAAACAACAUUCAAAUUUUAAUUCUUCUACUAAAAAUGUUGAUAAAACAACAGCAGAAAUCAUUAAUUGUGAUCACGAAUCAUCAUCAUCAUCAACAACAGAAUCAUCCAUCCAUGACCAUCAUAGUUUAUUAUGCAAUAAUAAUCUAAAGAAUCAGAAUAAAUAUUCUACUGCUACAACUACUUCAUCAUCAUCAUCAUCAUUAUCAUCACCACCACCUCCUACCAACAACAACCAAACAACAAUGACAAUCAUAUGCAGCAAUUCUAAUGAUCAACAACGAGAACAA